CCAGGGAGAUGUUUCUAACACCUUCCUACCUAUUUACCUUUCAGAGCUGGAAAAUGUCUGAAGAGGUUCCACAUGAGGCGGAUCAUACCCAGUCCACCCAGUCCACCCAGUCCACCCAGUCGCCGACCCAGUCCCCGACCCAGGCUAAGUCCGAGUCUAAGACCCAGCAGGGCUCCAGCUCCUCCAGCGGUCCCACCUCCUCCUCCAGCGGCUCUGGGACUCUGAGCAGCGUCGACACCAUCCCUGUCACUCUGUCCUCCGUCCCAGAGGAGCCAGAGCCUCAGCCCUGGUGCCGCCUGCUGCCCAUGGCCCGGGGCUUCAGGAGCCACGACUGUUUCGAGGACCAGUACCUGUUCGGACGCGGCUCCAACUGUAACUACGUUCUGAACGAUCCGGACGACACAGAAUCCAAGAAGUUCAGAAUCUACAGCAAGAGACACUUCAGGAUCUACAGGGAGGGCAGCGAGGUGUUUGUGGUGGACCUCAGUAACAACGGGACGUUUGUGGAUGGUAUUCGGAUCGGGAAAGACAAGAAGCUUCCUCUGGUCAACAACGCCGUGAUCGCUCUGGCUGAGCCGCGAAACAAAG